AUGUCACCGAAAUAUCCCACCAUCAUAUGUGGUUAUAAGAGUGUAGCAUCUCCGUUAGUGCCAAACGAGAAUGCGUUCAAUCCAUGCUUCAUUACUUUACUAGUGGCAGCGCUUGCCAUAGCGUACAUCGCUGGAGGAAUACUAUCCUUGCGAAGGAUCCUCACAUCUCCUAGAUAUGGAAACUACUUACCUAAGAGCACGGGUCUCUUGCACUACGUGAGACUAUCGUUUGUGAUCUUGCACUCAAUCACUUUGAUAUAUCUUACCUCCUACCUCAGCAUCCACGAGAGAUUUGCAGACACCAAGCUCUUUGCUUUCAACCUCUUGUUCAUCAACUCGUGGGCUCUGAUUGUGCCGUUGCACCUCCUUGAAGUCUGUCACAGUCCUGUCCCUUCGGACUUAUUAAUUUCUUUCUGGCCGUUGAUUACCCUUGUCGAGGCCGUUUUGGUGUACCAAGAUACCUACACGAACUGGGUGAUUUUCAAGCUGAGAGAUAAUCCAAGUGCUGUUUUCGUUUCCGAAGUUUUACUUAUAGUACUUUCGUUAGCCAUAUUUGUUUUGGAAUAUGGAUACUGGACCCCAUCACACGAGUUGAUCUUCAAGUAUGUAUCCGAGGAUAAAAAGAAUGAGUUGGAAACACCAAAUGUCAUCGAUAGGUUGACAUUCACGUGGAUGAAUGCCAUGAUCAUGCGAAGCUACGAGACUCAGACCAUUGACCAAGUGGAUCUCCCAAACUCCCCCGCCAAGCUCAGCACAGAGGUAGCAGCAAAGAGACUAAUGAAAUUCUGGGACACUACCGAAACCUCAAAGAGCUUAUCCUCAUCGAACAAGGACAAUGCUUCUCUACUUGUACUGUUAAUCAAGGCGUUUGGCCUCUUAAUCCUAUACUCGUUUGUUUUCGAAUUCGGCAGUAAGGUUUUAACCUUCGUACAGCCUCAACUAUUAAGGAUAUUCAUUCAACAUUUUGACGAGGAGCACCCCGUUAUAUUGAAAGGUUUUCUUAUUUCGAUGUCAAUGUUCUUGUUGACCAUGUUGCAAACAUUUGUGUACAAUCAAUAUGUCCUUAUCAAUUUAGAGGUGGGAUUGAAUGUUCGUUCAUCUAUUACUGCCCUCAUUUACAAGAAAAGUUUGAGACUUUCAUCAGCUGCAAGGCAAAAGGCAUCUUCUGGAGACAUUAUCAAUUUUAUGUCAGUGGACGUUAACAGAAUCCAAACGGUUGUAAUGGAUCUCUCAGUGUUAGUGUUGGCUCCAUUUGACUUGAUACUUUGUAUUGUCUCCUUGUGGCCAUUAUUGGGGAAGUCCACGUUGGCUGGUAUUUGCGUUAUGAGUUUGUUAAUUCCUGUUAACAGCUAUCUAGUAAAAUACGUCAGGAAGUUGGGCAAAGUUCAAAUGAAGCUUAAGGAUGCUAGAACCAAUAUUGUCAAUGAAAUUAUGGUGAAUAUUAAGAGCAUUAAGUUAUUGAAUUGGGAAAAUGCCAUGUUAAGAAAACUCUCUGAUGCCAGAAAUAACAAGGAACUUAAAAAUAUGAAGAGAAUUAGAUUGCUUAAUCAAGUUGCAGGCUUCGUUUGGAUUUUAAUUCCAUUCUUAGUGUCCUUUACCACUUUUACAACUUUCUCUUUGAUCGAAUCUAUUCCAUUGACUUCAGAUAUCGUUUUCCCCGCAUUAGCAUUGUUAAACUUAUUAUCUUCUCCAUUAUUGGCUUUGCCACAAUUCAUCAACAGUUUAGUUGAGGCAUCAGUCUCUAUUACAAGAAUACGGGAUUUCCUUUUAAUGGAAGAGAUUGACGAUAAGGUAGUCAAAUAUUUACCCAGAGCAGAGAAUAUUGGAGAUGUUACCGUCAAGGUUGAAAAUGUUGAUUUCUUAUGGUCUGAAUACAAUCCAGAUUCUUCUGAUAAUCAGUAUGCGUUAAGAGGUGUUAAUUUCGAGGCUAGAAAGGGAGAAAUUUCCUGCUUAGUUGGAAAGGUAGGAAGUGGUAAAUCAGCGAUGUUAUAUGGACUCUUAGGACAGUUAAUUAUUCAGGCUUCUGCUAAGCCCGAGUUGAAGUUGCCAAUAAUCAACUUGCACGGACUGAUAGCUUAUUGUGCCCAGCAACCUUGGAUUAUGAACGCUUCAGUCAGAGAGAAUGUGUUGUUCGGUCAUAGGUAUGAUGAGGAUUUCUACAAUAAAACGAUCGAAGCAUGUCAAUUGGUUCCUGAUAUCAAUAUUUUACCAGAUGGUGAUAAUACACAGGUUGGGGAGAAGGGAGUUUCUUUGUCCGGUGGACAGAAGGCCAGACUUGCAUUAGCAAGAGCAGUGUAUUCAAGAUCAGAUAUAUACUUGCUUGAUGAUAUAUUGUCUGCAGUGGACUCCCAUGUUGGAAAAAAUAUCAUCAAUCAAGUGUUGAGCUCUACUGGCUUAUUAGCUUCAAAAACUAUUAUCCUCUGCACCAACUCAAUUUCAGAUUUGAAGUAUGCCGGAAAGAUCACUUUCAUCCAAAAAGGAAAGGUUGUUGAAGAAAGUAAGUAUGAAGACAUUAAUUUAGAAGCACAUCCAGAACUUUUCAACUUGUUGAAGGAAUUUGAGAGAAAACAAGAGAGCGAGGUGUUAUCUGAUGUCAAUGGGGCUUCACCUUCAGCAGACAGAAAAAGUUUGAGGAGGGCCAGUGUUGAAACUUUCAAGUGGGAGCCAUUACAACGAUUAUUACCUAAUUUAAGAAGUGGGCCAUCUAAUGAGAUUUCUGCCAAAGGAAAAGUUAAAUGGUCGAUCUAUUUGGAGUAUGCUAGGGCUUGUUCAAUUCCUGGAAUUAUUGGUUAUUUCUUUCUUUUAUGUGUGGCAGCUCUAUUAUCGGUAGGUGGUAAUUAUUGGCUUAAGCACUGGACGGAAGAGAAUUCUAAGGCUAGAGAUAAUAAUGAAGUCUGGAAAUUCAUCACAGUUUAUGCAUUUUUUGGAUUUGGUUCUAGUAUAAUGUCAAUUGUUAAAGGAAUGGUGUUGAUGCUCAAGUUGGCAAUCAAUGCUUCUAUAAAGGUUCACAAUGAUAUGGCCAAUAGGAUCAUCAGAGCACCAAUGUCCUUUUUUGAAAGGACUCCCGUGGGUAGAAUCAUGAAUAGAUUCACCAAUGACAUUGUGAAGAUCGAUUCUGCAUUACCAUACACAAUUUCAAGUUUCACUAGUCAAAGUGUCAACACAAUAUUGACCUUCAUUAUUAUUGGAAUUGCCAUGCCAUUAUACAUCAUUAUUAUUACAAUCUUAUCGGUUCUUUACAUCUAUUACGAAAUCUUUUAUGUGGCCAUUUCUCGAGAACUCAAAAGGUUAGUCUCAAUCUCCAAGUCCCCAAUUUAUGCUCACCUAGGUGAAAGUUUGAAUGGUCUUGAUACUAUUAGGGCUUUUAGGCAAUCUGAUAGAUUUGAUUUUAUCAACAAUUCGAACACAGAUUUCAAUUUGAAAUCUGUCUAUAUGCUUAGAUCGAUCAAUCGUUGGUUGUUCUUCAGGCUUCAAGUUAUCGGGUCAAUCGGUAUUUGGACCGCUUCUACGUUGGCAAUUUAUACCCUUUCGACUGCUUCACCGCUUACCUCCUCCAUGGCAGGAUUUAUUAUGACGUACGCUUUGCAGGUAACAUCUUCAUUGAAAGUCAUUGUCAGAUUGUCUGCCGAAGUGGAGACGAGUAUUGUCGCAGUUGAAAGAUGCUUAGAGUAUUCCAAGUUGCCAGUAGAAGAGGAUGAAGAAACUCUUGAGAAGAUGAGCAAACCCCCAUUGACUUGGCCCAUGGAAGGUGGUAUUCAAUUUAAAGAUUACUCGACGAGGUAUAGGGAAAACUUAGAUCUAAUUUUGAAAGGUGUCUCCUUCAAUAUUAAACCUGGUGAGAAGAUCGGGGUUGUCGGGAGAACAGGAGCAGGUAAGAGUUCCUUGGCUCUUGCAAUUUUCAGAAUCAUUGAAGCCGUAGAUGGAAAUAUCUCCAUCGAUGGGCUCAACACAAGUGCAAUGCCUUUGAGUGAUCUCAGGCUGAACCUCUCAAUUAUCCCCCAAGAUUCUCAGCUUAUUGAGGGAACAAUAAGACAGAAUUUAGAUCCAUUUGAUUACUAUACUGACGAAGAGAUUUGGAAAGCGCUAGAAUUAGCGCAUCUUAAGGACCACAUCUUGAGUUUGGACUUUGAGGAGGAGGAUGUGAAGGAUGGAGAAGUGGCCAAAAGCAACGAUGAUGAUGAGAAAUCUAAACUUCAGUGUUUAGUCAAGGAAUCCGGGUCGAAUUUCUCACUGGGACAAAGGCAAUUGAUGUCAUUGGCAAGAGUUUUAUUGAGAAUGAAGAAUUCCAGAAUCCUUGUUUUGGAUGAAGCAACGGCAGCAGUGGAUGUUCAAACAGACAAGAUUAUUCAAGAAACAAUCAGAUCCGAGCUUAAGGAUAAGACGAUUAUUACAAUUGCUCACAGGUUAGAGACAGUUAUGGAUAGUGAUAAGAUUGUGACAUUGGACCACGGAGAGUUGAAAGAAUUCGAUACACCAGAAAAUUUAUUGAAAGACGAGAAAGGGAUUUUCUACAGCUUAUGCAGUCAAGGAGGCUACAUCUAG